UAAAUUCCCACUGGCACCAACAGAUCGAAAGAAAAUAAGAGAAAGAUAGAGAGAGGUUCCAAAUAUGGCACAAGAAUGCACUGAGAGCUCUUCCUCUACACCACAAAAUUGGUGGGAUCUUCAUCAUGCUGCUACAGCAAGCUCUCUUUCUUCAUGGACUAACAACACCAAUUCUACUCCCUUCUGGCACCAACAAAACCCUAAUUCGAACUCUUCCUGCGAUGAGGAGACGUCGUUUACUAAUGCUUCCAAUCACUCCGGACUCACCGUGGAGUCCGCUCGCCGGAUGGCUGAGCCUGCUGUGGCGUCUUCUAAUGAUCAUUUGAUUGGUGAACAUGGUCCGGAUAAUCAUCUUUGGAGCCAUGUUUUAUUCAAUGGAGAUUUACAAAGUAGCCAAGAUGUUGGAGAGAACUUACUAGAAGCUCUAUCAUCCAAGAACAUGUCGUCAUCGGCCGCGAUGUUUGAACCUGCCUGUGACUACUUGAAGAAGAUGGACAACAACAUUUGGGACUACACAAACUCCCCAUCAUCCUUCAGCAACUUUGAGAAGCACUUGAAUGGAUUUAGUCAUGAGACCUUAAGUAACAUUGAAGGUGAAAGACUCACUAAGCUUUCCAACUUGGUUAGCAACUGGUCUCUAGCUCCACCAGACCCAGAAGUGAAGUUUGAUACACAAACAUGUAACAUCUCCUUAAGUCCUUCAAUCAACCACUACAAUUCACAACAAGGACAAGGAAAUUUAGGGUUUUUGCCAUGUUAUGGUAAUGAAAUGAAGUUGGAGAAUGAGAUUGAAGCCCCGGGGACCUUUCUUCGAAGGCCGAUUAUUGGCAACGGAAUUAGGUACCAGAUGGGUCUAAACAGCUUAGGAGAUAACGACAAAUACUACUAUGGAAUGAAUGGUACUUCUCCAUGCGCAGAUAGUGCGAGAAAUUUUGCUGAUGUUGUUAGUUUCAAUAGUAGGUUUGGUAAGCCAUUGAUGGAUAUUCAAGUGCCAAAACACUGCUUUAAAUCUCUCACUAUGCCUCACCCCAAGAAGCAGCUACAAGUACAAACUUCUAAUCCGCCGACAAGAACCAGUGGAAGAAGUCAGGGAGCUGCAACUGAAGGAAAGAAGAAAAGAUCUGAUGAAGAAACUUCAGAGACAACCCUGAAGAAACCUAAGCUGGAGAACUCCUCAGGUGCUUCUGUCAAGAUGCAUGCACCUAAAGUCAAGCUUGGAGAUAGAAUCACAGCCCUUCAACAAAUUGUCUCACCAUUUGGAAAGACUGAUACAGCCUCAGUGUUAUAUGAAGCAAUCCAAUACAUAAAGUUUCUACAGGAGCAAGUGCAGCUACUUAGUAAUCCCUACACGAAGACCAACUCACACAAGGAUCCAUGGUUUGGCAUGGAGAGGAAAGAAAAGGGAGAUUUGAAGAUGGAGUUAAGGAGUAGAGGUCUUUGUUUAGUUCCAAUUUCAUGCACCCCUCAAGUGUAUCGUGACAACACAGGAUCAGACUUCUGGACACCAACAUAUAGAGGAUUUUGUAUAGAUAAAAACUAUUGAAGAAACUUGUACGUGAUGCAUGUAAUAAUAUUAAACAUCUCUAACUAGCUAGCAGUACUGCAGGUGACAGUGACUAUAUAUAUUACCGGAAAGCUGGCUUCAAAUAAUAUUGGUACUGCAUAUACACUUAUAAGCAGAAACUUGAUUAUUCUUGGAUUGUCAAGCAUAUAUGAUUUAUAACAUGCAUGGGACAU